GGCAGACAAAGCUUUUGCCCUGGGCCCCCCAGUGCCUUUAGGGGCCCCAUAGGGGAAACAUGUUUCCUUGUGUAACAAUCAUACACAUCAGGAAUGAGGGAAGAGUUGAGAGUUGCAGUUCAAUAAUAGAUGGAAGGUGGAAGCACAUCGCACAAUGAAAUGUUAGGCUUGCCAGCAGGAAUAUUGGUAUUUCUACAACAACCAGCAUCAGAAUUAUAAUGCCAGGUGGGCCUCAGCAACUCAUCCACAACAGAACCAUGUUACCUUCAUUGUGAAGUUCCACCACAUCCAGGAAAGUAUCUAGUAAAGUGUCACUGACUGUCGCUUUGCAUUGAAGCCAGCUAAGGGACUCUACAUGGUGAAGUGGAGCCGGUGACAGAGACCUGCAGUAAAACUGCAAACUUUCUCCUGACCCUGCCAUCAUGGAUUUCUCACGUUUUUUAGCUGAUGACUUUGAGGUAAAGGAAUGGGUUAAUGCAGCUUUUAAGUCCGUUCAAAAAGAUGCACCAGCCAAGGCAGAUGCGCACGCCUCUACUCUGGUAAUGAAACUGCAACUCUUCAUCCAGGAGGUGAACAACUCUGUGGAAGAGAUCAGUCACCAGGCUCUGCAGAAUAUGCCCCGAGUGCUACGUGAUGUGGAAGCAGUAAGGCAAGAGGCAUCGUUCCUAAAAGAGCAAAUGAUCCUUGUGAAAGAAGACAUCAAGAAAUUUGAGCAAGACACGGCUCAGUCCAUGCAUGUUCUGGUGGAGAUGGAUAAAGUAAAGUCUCGUAUGCAGCUGGCUGCUGAGUCUCUGCAGGAAGCAGAUAAAUGGAGCACACUGAGCGCAGACAUAGAGGAAACCUUAAAAACCCAGAACAUCAGUGUGAUCUCUGAGAAGCUGACCAGCAUGCAAGUGAGCCUCACGAUGUUAGUAGACACCCCGGACUAUUCUGAGAAAUGUGUUUAUUUGGAGGCUCUUAAGAACCGCCUGGAAGCAAUGUGCAGCCCACAGAUUGUAGCCGCUUUCAACAGUCGGUCAGUGGAUCAGGCCAGGAUGUUUGUAAAGGUCUUCAGCGAGAUCGACAGGAUGCCACAGUUACUUGCUUAUUACUACAAGUGCCACAAGGUACAGUUAGUGACUGCAUGGCAGGAGCUCUGUCAGAGUGACAUGCCCCUAGACCGGCAGCUGACUGAAUUCUACGACACGCUGCUCAGUGCCUGGCACACUCAGCUGCAGUGGGUAUCCCAGGUGUUUAAAAAGCCCCAGGAAGUGGUGAGUGUGCUUAUGAUCCAGACCCUGGCUGCCAUGGUCCCAUCUAUCCCUGUGUGUCUCAGCACUGCCAUGGAACGUGCCUCUGAGGAGGACAAGCUUAGUACCCUUCUGGAGCUCUACAACUCCACCAACCACUUUGCCAAGGCGAUGGAGACUGCUAUCCUGCCCAGCAUAGGCGAGUACAAUCUGGUCAAGUUGAUUGAACUGGUGGACGCUGUAUUUGGACCAUACAAACCUUUUCAGUUACAGUAUGGAGACCUCGAGGAAUCCCACCUCUUGAUACAGAUUAGCGCUAUACCUUUGGAACACGGGGAAGUUCUAGACUGUGUCCAGGAGCUUUCCUAUUCUGUCUCCCGACUCUUUAGCCUGGCAUCAGGGGCAGUGGACAGAUGCAUCAAGUUCACUGACGGACUGGGGUUGUGCGGCCUGCUGCAGGCUCUUCAGUCUCUUUUUAAAAAGUAUGUUUCAGACUUUACACUCACACUUCAGUCAAUACGGAAGAAGUGCAAGUUGGACAGCAUCCCCUCCGAUUCCUUAUUCCUGGAAGACUGGUCGGCCUUCCAGAACUCAGUCAGGAUUAUCGGCACCUGCGGGGAGUUGUUACGUCAGUGUGGAGACUUCGAGCAACAGCUGGCAAGCCGGUUUCUGUCUAUAGCAGGGAAGCACCUGUCGGAUUCCUACAGCCCACGCAGCCUAACGGGCAUCCAGGAGACUGGCACUUCUGACCGUAAAAACGUGCGGAAUCCUUGGCAUGACUACAACUAUCUGCAGAAAGGAGACCCAGCACAGUACGCUAACUUGAUGGAGACCCUGUACUUGCUAAAGGAGAAGGGGGCCGUCAGCACCAGCCUUCUUGCUGCUUCUCGCUCAGCUUUCACACGACAGAACCAGGUGGCACAUCAGCUGGCAUUUGAUUCAGUCUUUCUGCACAUCAAGCAGCAGCUUCUGCUAGUUCCCAAGAUGGAGAGCUGGGGCUAUGAAGGCUCGGGAGAAACACUGACUGAAGACCUUCCUACGUUCAGCCUCACUCCUCUUGAAUAUAUUAGCAAUAUCGGACAAUACCUCAUGUCCCUUCCUCUGCAUUUGGAGCCUUUUGUCACCCCUGAAGAUUCUACCUUGGAACUCGCAUUGCAUGCUGGGAAACUGCCAUUCCCUCCCGAGCAAGGAGAGGAAACGCCAGAGUUAGAUAACAUGGCCGAUUACUGGCUGGGCUCUCUCGCACGCGCCACAAUGCAGACGUACUGUGAUGUCAUCCUGCAGAUCUCUGUGCUCACGCCUCACACCACCAAGCAGCUGGCGACAGAUAUAGACUAUCUGAUAAACGUGAUGGAUGCGCUGGGUUUGCAGCCUACUCGGACUGUGCAGCACAUUGUCACGCUUCUCAAGGCCAAACCUGACGAAUACAGACAGCUUGCUAAGAGCUUGCCCCGGAAACUCUCCUCUUCUAUUGCAGCCAUGAGAAACCUUGAGUACUAAACACGCUCGAGUAACAACAACAACAACAGGGGCUGAGCACCCGAUACUGCCCAGCUGAUACCUUUACUAAUCUGACCCAUACCCAAAUACUGUAAAUGUUGUUUAUUGCCGAAUCUAUAAAAACAAUUUCCUACAAUA